AUGCUUCUCGACGAAGAUCCCGCGACGCUCAUCCACCACACCAUCGGCAAUUUCAACAUCCAGCCAGACAAGCUAGCCGUGACGCGGAUCAAUGAAUCCCUCGCGACGCUGCAGCAGUCGCGCGAGCUGCGCAUCAAGGAAGCAGAGGCGGCCCUGCGCAAGCUGUCCCGCAACCUGAAGGCGCUCGAAACAUCGCACGAAGAAACCGUCGCUGCGCACGACCCGGCCAAGCAUGCCGCCAAGAUCAUCGAGCUGGACACGCAGAAGUUUCGCAUCGCGAAGGCGGCAUCGGAGCUCGAGAUCGAGAGCGAGAGGCUGGAAAGCGAGCUGGAGAUGCUGAAGGAGAGGCUGGCAGAGCUCGAGGCGCAGGGUCUGGAGGGUGAUGAGACGGCGCGGAGGGAGCGAGAGGCAGACGAUGCUACGAUGUAUGCGCUGCGUUUGGCUUAUACUGGUUUUCGAGACUUGCAGGUCGCUAACUGGUCAUUCCAUUGCAGACUGCGUCUGAAGAUUUACCGGUCGCUGGGGAUUGACGUCGAAGCCGACGAAAACGGGAACUAUCACAAAGCGAUCAUUCGCAACAGCCGCAAGGGUGACGUCCAUGUGGUCAACAUCGACCCGAAAUUUUCGCGCUUCUUCUACGCCAAUUACUUCUGGCAGACCAUGCAGGGGUAG